AUGUGCCCACAUGGGAUCUCUCUGACUCUUUUAACUCUAUCUCUCUUGUUAGGACAACCAUGCUGCGAAAUAGAUACGCUACUGCAGGGGCAGUACUUGAAAGAUGGGCAAGAGCUCGUAUCGGCUUUCAAUAUCUUCAAACUCAAGUUUUUCAACUUCAAGAACUCAAGCAACUGGUAUCUUGGAAUUUGGUACAACAAUUUUUAUCUUAAUGGUAACGACAAGUAUGCUGAUGUUCAAGACAGAGCCGUCUGGAUUGCUAACCGUAACAAUCCAAUUCCGGGACGUUAUGGAAGCCUCACAGUUGAUUCUCUUGGCAGAUUGAAGAUUUUGAAAGGAGCAUCAAGCUUUCUUGAGCUGAGUUCUAUAGAAACCACAGGAAACACUAGCCUUAAGCUGUUGGAUUCUGGAAACCUUCAACUCCAGGAGAUGGAUUCUGAUGGAUCGGUGAGGCGGGUUUUGUGGCAAAGUUUUGACUAUCCGACAGAUACACUUCUUCCUGGGAUGAAACUGGGUUUCAAUGUCAAGACCGGGAAGAGAUGGGAACUGACAUCAUGGCUAGGUGGUACUUUGCCUGCUUCUGGAUCUUUUGUCUUUGGGAUGGAUGCUAAUAUCACAAACCGAUUGACCAUCUUGUGGCGUGGAAACAUGUAUUGGGCAAGUGGGCUCUGGUUUAAGGGUCGGUUUUCCUUGGAGGAAUUAAACAAGAAGGGAUUCAUCUUUUCCUUCGUUUCAUCCGAGAGUGAACAUUAUUUUAUCUACUCAGGUGAUCAGAGCUAUGUGGGAACGUUAUUUCCUAGGAUAAUGAUAGAUGGACAAGGCAUUUUGCAGACAAUCAGGCUUGAUGGAGAGCAAAAGCAUGCCCGUUGUUCUCCCUCUGUUUUUGGUGAAGAGCUUGAAUCCGGUUGUUACCGACAAAAUUCCAGGUAUUGUGUACUCAAACAAUACGAAGAGGUCCCCGGAUCAUGGGAUUGUUCAGGGUUAGGGUAUGGUUACACUUUCAUAAGGAUGUCAAAUGGUUCGAGUUAUUGUUCACGUUUUGGUAGUUAUACUUUCCGAGACACUGUAUCCCCAUUCUCAAGCAAUGGAUUUGUACUUGAUGAGACUAAAGGGAGAUUAAGCUCAUAUGAUUGCUAUGUUAAAUGUCUCCAAAACUGUUCUUGUCUUGCCUAUGCUUCAAUCCAUGUGGAUGGUACAGGCUGCGAAAUCUGGAAUAUUGAUCCUACAAACGAAGGGUCUUCUCAUAGACCCAGAACUAUAUAUAUCCGUGUAAAAGGAGUUGUGGUAGACCAAGAGAACGAAAAGGCGGCAACUUGGCUAGUUGUUGUGGCAUCUCUGUUCCUACUGAUACCUCUGACUUGGUUGAUCAUAUAUCUUGUUUUGAAGAAAUUUAAAGUAAAAGUAACUGUAAUGUUUCGCGGAAUGUUCUACUUUUUAUGGAGGAAAAUCAUUCCACAAAUGAUUGGUUGCAUACGGAGGAGGCUUCAAAAUCUGAGGGUUGGUUCAACAAUAAUAGACCAAGAAAUGUUACUACGUGAACUGGGAAUUGAUAGGAGAGGCCGACACAAGAGAAGUGGAAGGAAGAAUAAUAACGAACUUCAGAUAUUUAGCUUUGAAACUGUAGCCUUGGCAACUGAUUACUUCUCUGAUGCAAACAAGCUCGGUGAAGGAGGUUUUGGUCCUGUGUAUAAGGGGAGGUUAAUAGAUGGAGAAGAGGUGGCUAUUAAGAGACUGUCAAUAGCAUCAGGGCAAGGACUAGUGGAGUUCAAGAACGAAGCGAUGCUUAUUGCAAAACUUCAACACACAAACCUUGUUCAGUUGCUAGGAUGCUGCAUCGAGAAGGAUGAGAAGAUGUUGAUUUAUGAAUACAUGCCCAACAAGAGCCUUGACUACUUCCUCUUUGAUCCCUUGAGGAAAAACGUUCUGGAUUGGAUGUUGCGGUUUAGGAUCAUGGAAGGGAUAAUUCAAGGGCUUUUGUACCUUCACAAGUACUCGAGAUUGAAAGUGAUACACAGAGACAUCAAAGCCAGCAACAUUUUGCUGGACGAGGAUAUGAAUCCCAAAAUAUCGGAUUUUGGGAUGGCUCGGAUAUUUGGAGCCCAAGAGUCCAGAGCCAACACCAAAAGAGUAGCUGGCACAUUUGGCUAUAUGUCUCCGGAGUAUUUCAGAGAAGGACUAUUCUCGGCUAAAUCAGAUGUGUUCAGCUUUGGAGUUCUUAUGCUCGAACUCAUUUGUGGAAGGAAGAACAAUAGCUUCCACCAUGACUCAGAAGGACCUCUGAAUCUCAUAGUUCAUGUGUGGAAUAUGUUUAAAUUGAACAGAAUUCGCGAGGUGAUAGAUCCGUCUAUGGGAGAUUCUGCACUCGAGAACCCUCAAGUGUUGAGAUGCGUUCAAGUUGCUUUGUUGUGUGUACAAGAAAACGCAGAAGAUAGACCAAGUAUGUUAGAUGUUGUGUCCAUGAUUUACGGCGAUGGCAAUAAUGCUCUUUCUUUGCCUAAAGAGCCAGCUUUCUAUGAUGGUCCUCGGAGAAGCUCGCCGGAGGAGACCCCAGAGCCGGAAAAUGUAUCGGAGAAUAGAGUUACCAUCACGGUGAUGGAAGCAAGGUGA